AUGAUGUUUUGUUUCUCCUUCUUUUCAGGUGAGUUGGUUCGCGACUACUGUGGUCUGUUGAAGGCAGUGAGGGAGACAUUUGGACAGAGGGCGAAACAGUGGCAUGAGUGGCAGGGGGUGGAGAGCAAUCUGCUGAAGAAGAAGGAGAGCGAGGGCAGAAUGCAAGUCAGUGGCAGGACAGAGAAAGUCCCUGUUGUCAAGGCAGAGAUUGCACAGUUGGAGAUCAGUUCUGCGCAGAUGAAGAGCGAGUUUGAAAAGAUCAGUGAGAAUCUGAAGAUGGAGUUGGGUCAGUUUGAGGAGAAGCGGGUGGAGGAGUUCAAGAACAAACUCAUUCAGUACCUAGAGACACUCCUAGAAUCACAACAGACUCUGGUGAGAUAUUGGACUGAAUUCAUACCAGAAGCGAAGGCCAUUGUUUGAACUAAAAUCAGCCACGAAUGAUCAAGCUUUGAACGACAAUGAUACUCUCUAAUACGCUGUUGUAUGUACAAUUUGUGAACACGUUGCUUUAAAUUAUUAAUAUCUGUCUUUUGUUUAAUUAAAUUUAGACCCGCGAUAUUAUGAAUUCAACAGGCUGUUAUUGUGGAACGCAAUGGGCCUCAAUUGAUAUCAUCUAAUUUGUAUGUAGUCACAGGGAACUGAUUACCCUUAAAUUGCCUAAAUACCAGAAUAUUAUCCCUAUUUGAACAUUCUGAUUUAUUCCGCAGUUGUACGAUUUGUUUACCGAAAUUAAAAUGUAGCAUUAAAGUUUAUAUUUUUCAUCCAAA